AUGGGCAUGGUGGGUCACAGGGGUAAGUCAAGUCUGGAGAGACCCAAGGCCAAGGCCACCAGAUGCCCUGUCUUAACUCUACAGCUCUGUAUCCUCAGUCUCCAGACCUCUAGUAUAUCAGCGCUCAGUCGCCCCAGGCAGAGUCAGUCGCCCAGCAGAGUCAGUCGCCCCAGCAGAGUCAGGUCGCCCCCAGCAGAGUCAGUCACCCCCAGCAGAGUCAGUCCGCCCAGCAGAGGUCAGUCGCCCCCAGCAGAGUCCAGUCGCCCCAGCAGAAGUCAGUCGCCCCCAGCAGAGUUCAGUCGCCCCGCAGAGUCAGUCGCCCCCAGCAGAGUCAGUCGCCCCCCAGCAGAGUUGUCGCCCCCAGCAGAGUCAGUCGCCCCAGCAGAGGUUCAGUCGCCCCCAGCACAGUCAGCUCGCCCCCAGCAAGUCCGUUCGCCCCCAGCAGAGUCAGUCGCGCCCCAGCAGAGUCAGGUCGCCCCCAGCAGGAGUCAGUCGCCCCCAGCAGAGUCAUCGCGCCCCAGCAGAGUCAGUCGCCCCCAGCAGAGUCCGUCCCCCAAGCAGAUCAGUCGCCCCACAGAGCAGUCGCCCCCAGCAGAGUCAGUCGCCCCCAGCAGAGUCAGUCGCCCCCAGCAGAGUCAGUCGCCCCCAGCAGUCCAGUCGCCCCCAGCAGAGUCAGUCGCCCCAGCCAGAGUCAGUCGCCCACAGCAGAGUCAGUCGCCCCCAGCGAGUCAGUCCCCCCAGCAGAGUCAGUCGCCCACCGCAGAGUCAGUCGCCCCCAAGCAGAGUCAGUCGCCCCAGCAGAGUCAGUCCCCCCAGCAGAGGUCAGUCGCCCCAGCAGAGUCAGUCGCCCCCAGCAGAGUCAGUCGCCCCCAGCAGGAGUUCCCGUCGCCCCCCAGCAGAGUCGUCGCCCCCAGCAGAGUCAGUCCGCCCCCAGCAGAGUCAGUCGCCGCCCCCAGCAGAGUCAGUCGCCGCCCCCAGCAGAGUCAGUCGCCGCCCCAGCAGAGUCAGUCGCCGCCCCAGCAAGAGUCAGUCGCCGCCCCCAGAGCAGAGUCAGUCGCCCCCCAGCAGAGUCCGUCGCCGCCCCCAGCAGAGUCAGUCGGCCCCCAGCAGAGUCAGUUCGCCCCCAGCAGAGUCAGUCGCCCCCAGCAGAGUCAGUCGCCCCAGCAGAGUGUGCAGUCGCCCCCAGCAGAGUCAGUCGCCCCCCAGCAGAGUCAGUCGCCCCCAGCAGAGUCAGUCGCCCCAUUAGAGUCCGUUCGCCCCCAGCAGAGUCAGUCGCCCCAGCAGAGUCAGUCGCCCCCAGCAGAGUCAGUCGCCCCCAGCAGAGCCACUCCUCGGCCUCCUCCUCUGCCCAUUCUCUCACCCCCCUCCUCGGCCCACCUCCUCGGCCCACUCCUCGGCCCCUCCUCGGCCCACCUCUCGGCCCCCCUCCUCUCGGCCCACCUCCUCGGCCCACCUCCUCGUGCCAUCUCCUCACCCCCUCCUCGGCCUCCUCGCGCACCUCCUCGGCCCCUCCUCUGCCCAUCUCCUCACCUCCUCCUCGGCCACCUCCUCGGCCAUCUCCUCACCCCCCUCCGGCCCCUCCUGGCCCACUCCUCGGCCCCUCCUCUGCCAUCUCCUCACCCCCUCCUCGGCCCACUUCCUCUGCCCAUCUCCUCACCCCCUCCUCGGCCCACCUCUCUGCCAUCUCUCACUCCCUCCUCGGCCCCUCCUCGGCCACCUCCUCGGCCCCUUCCCUCUGCCCAUCUCCUCACCUCUCUCGCCCACCUCCCUCUGCCCAUCUCCUCACCCCCCUCCUCGGCCACCUCCUCUGCCCUUCUCCUCACCCCCCUCUCGGCCCACCUCCUCUGCCCAUCUCCUCACCCCCCUCCUCGGCCCACCUCCUCGCCCACUCCUCGCCCCUCCUCGGCCCCCUCCUCGGCCACCUCGGCCCACUCCUCGGCCCCCUCCUCGGCCCCCUCUCGGCCACCUCAUCACCCACUCAUCACCACCUCCUCGGCCCUCCUCGGCCCACCUCAUCACUCACCUCAUCACCCACGCUCCUCGGCCCCAUCCUCGGCCCACCUCAUCACCCACCUCAUCACCCACCUCCUCGGUAUUCCACGGUACCAUUCUCAGUCUCCCAGUAUGUGUGACCGGAAGGAGUUCGUCUUUUCCUUCAACGCGAUGACGUCUUCAACGAUGCAUUCGCCCAGCAGCAGUUCCUACUAUCAUCACCAACAGGUCGCCUACCAGGACAUCAAGCCCUGCGUCAUGUGA